CACCAGUUUCUAGAGUGCCAUCCUGAUUUCUGGCUUCCUUCUUCAAGUCACCCUCAGAGAAGAAUUAGUUUACCCAGAGCUGCUGCAGCAGCGUAGCGACGAUGGACGGUUGCUCCUUCGAAUUGACCGCGACAUGACGCUGCAGCUUCAGAAGAGCUCGGUGCUGGCCAAUGACCUCUUCUUCACCACGAAUGCCGGAGGACGGUCAGAAGACACAGUGUGGAAUGGAUCUCGUAUACAAGAAAACCUGUACCACGACAGCAAGCACCAGUCGUCAGUUAUGCUUUAUCAAGACGACCAUACUUUGAAAGUGGAAGGCAUAUUAACCGCGACUUUGAGGAUAAAACCAAUGCCAUUAGGCGAGCGCUCCAGUGACGCUAGAAUACUUCAUAGAGUCUACGAAAUUGAAGACCCCAAGCGAGAGUUUGGCAAAUGUUAGUAAGAAACUGGGUUAUUCGUCAUUUCAUCUGCACCUUAGAAUCAAACAAUUAUUACUUCUAUUAGACAUGUCGACUUGAUGGUUUCAGGCCUGA